CCCCCCCGGCCGGCGGAGCGCGAGAGUUGAAGAGAUUGAAGUAUGUCCAAAAUCUCCAAAGUUACAGUCAGCUGAUCGUUGGUUGACUAAGUUUUAUUGUAUUGUACUCAAAAUUUUUUUUAUAAAGCUGUCAAGUGCAAGUGCACCUGUUAAGUAAAUGGAAAAGUAGACCUGAGAUCUGGGAUCAACUGUUUCAUUUUAAAAAAUCACUAACUUUUAUCAAUAUUGAUCUCACUAUGGCUGCAGUAGUUGCAGACAUGUCUUCGGAUACUCUCUCAUCCCUACACGAACUGUCAGUGGAGCUCACAUCACUUGGCUUGAAACCUUCGAUAAACCAUACUUCUAGUAGCCCAGUAGAAUUAUGUGAAGGACUUCUGAAUUCAGCCUGGAUGCUUGUCAACUUGAUCCACAGCAGAUCAAUGGGUCUAAACAACAGCUCUCAAACAUCAUCUGAAAGAGAGUGUUUUUUACGCUCAGAAAACCAAUCAUUGGAGGUGAAAUUAGAGUCAUUAAAGAAAGAUGUGGCUUCUAAAGAUGAAAUGCUUGCUAAAGAAGUUAAUAAUGUUUAUAAACUUCAAGGAGAGAUAAAAACUCAAAACCUUCAAAUCCAGAAGCAAAAGCAUGUGAUAACCCAGCUCACUGAUAAAUUGCGAAGUCACGAGAAAGACUUUCAACAUGAAGUGUUGAGACUGGAGGCACAAUGUGAACAACUCAGAGAAAUGGUCCGCAAGUCUCUCGGCAUGGGUUCACGGCCAAUACUAGGAGGAACAGUUGAAGAUAAGCUCGCAACACUAAAUGUCUCAGAUAUAUCGACAGAGAAUCAUGAUAGACUGAUAACAACUCUUAAUAGAUUAAAAUCCUCUAAUUCUGGCUUGAUACAAGAAAAUCUUACACUAAGGGAUGCACUGCAACUGCUCCACCAGGAUAUUCAACAAGUUUUAGGAUUAUCAAAGCACUCUUCAGCUACAUCCAGCAAUUUGGCUUUGGAAGCAUUUCGGCUUCCAGUGGAAUUUAGUUUGAAACAAUUAAAGGAAUUACGGCAGGAUCAAAUAAAAAUGUUAAAUGAAAUAAUAGCUUGUAAGAAUCAAUAAAAGUGAACUUCAAAUGA